GGCCGUCCCACGAGUCGCCCGCACACGCCAGAGUGCGGGCCCUGAAAUAGCUUGAUGGCAGGGGUCCGCAGACGGGCGCAGAGACCAAUGGCCAAGGUCUUUCUCAAACACCGCUAGGCCAGCAGAGACCCAGAGCCCAGGGCGUUUCAGCGCUGCAACACUUUAACCUGCCGCUUUCCCUCCCCAGACCUCGUUUCGCAUCCUCAGCCCGUCACGUCUGCUCGCUCACCCGUCGUCGAGACCGCUUGCGAUACAUUUCAUUCUCAUUUCACAUAUCUCAAACCGUCGCUGGCCGAUUUCUCUUUCGCUUUGCGCUUCAACUUUCGUUGUUCGAACCUGGCAGGCCCUUAACCGCGCUUCCCCCUCGCGUUUCCAGAGUUCCUAGCACCACAUCACGUCACCGACGUCUGAUCUCCGCGACGCCAAACACCCGUCUAUAGAGGGACGUGUUGCAGCGCAGCAUGUUUCCCACCCACCACGCCCAGAUGCCCCCACCUCAGGCACGCUCUGUAGCGCCUGAGACGUUCUUAUUAGAUCAGGACGCUCAGCAAAGCCUGCCGCCGGACAGCAUCGUCGCCCUGCAGCAAGUCGAUAACCUCAAGUACUUCCUUAUCUCAGCACCCGUCGACUGGCAACCAGACCAGUACAUUCGCAGGUUUCUUCUGCCUACAGGCGAAUAUGUCUCUUGCGUUCUGUGGAACAACCUCUUUCACAUCUCAGGUACCGACAUCGUACGAUGCCUGUCUUUCAGAUUUCAGGCCUUUGGCCGCCCUGUCAAGAACUCCAAGAAGUUCGAGGAGGGUAUCUUCUCAGAUCUGCGCAACCUGAAGUCUGGCACAGACGCGUCGCUGGAGGAGCCUAAGAGCGCAUUCCUCGACUUCCUCUACAAGAACAACUGCAUCCGCACACAGAAGAAGCAGAAGGUCUUCUACUGGUACAGCGUACCCCACGACCGUCUUUUCCUUGACGCGCUGGAGCGCGACCUCAAGCGUGAGAAGAUGGGCCAGGAGGCGACCACCAUGGCCGUCAGCGAGCCCGCGCUUUCCUUCGAGUUUGAUUCCUCGCAGUCUCUCUUCGAGCAGCUCACCAAGGCGCAACAAACCAACUCCUCCUCGUUCAACAACAACGUACAGCCUUCGUACCAGCACGGCCCAUCACCCGAUAUGAUGUCGCGCGAAUCGAUGCCCCCUCCCCAGAUGGUCCCUGUUCAGCAAAUGCCCCCGCAGCAGCCAAUGCACCACCAGCACCAGCCCGUACACCACCAGCCUGUACAUCAUCAGCCUGUUCACCACCAGCCGGUGCAGCACGAGGAUCCCAUGGUUCAAUAUCAUCAUCAAAUGUCUAUGCCACCUUCUAUGCCGCCGACCAUGCAGCCUACCGUCAUGAAGAGCAGAGAGCGCGAGUUCAGCGCCUCACUGCAGUAUGACCGCAACGGCAUCCCGCUAUCGCAGGUUCACCAGCGCCACAGCUCGAUGCCCGCUUACAUGGAGUACUCGCCGGCUCCCUCUUUCGUUUCUUCGCACUACGAGGAUUACAGCACUCGCGGCAUGUCGUUCGAGCCCCUCACCCCACCGCAGCACCAGAUUGGUCUCGGUGCUGAGCCAGCUUACAUUGCCAACGAGGACACUGGUCUCUACAGCGCGAUUCCUGAUCUUCCCGUGCCCAACACAUUCAACCCUUUGAUGAACAUUCCCCCGUCGAACUUGAUGGGCCCUGGUUACCCGGUGUCGAGGCCGUUCGCUCCUGGCAACGUUUACUCUGUCAUCGAGGGCUCGCCAACCUACAAGCAGCGCAGGAGGCGCUCGUCGCUGUCUGCUGGCAUCACUGCUGCGGUCGCCGCUGCCAGUAACGCUCACCAGGCUCACCGACAAAGCGAUCUGAGACGGUCAAUGUCAGUUAACCCUGUUCCUGAGGCUGACGAGUCGCAACACAACUCGCCUUCGCCCAACGGUGCAACCUACGCUCAGUCGGUUCAGGACACCAAGCCUGUGAUCGACACCUCGCGCCAAGGCACGCCUCUCAACACUGUUGAGGAGAGCCCUGAGCAUCAGCCAGCGAUGCUGCACCACGACGAUCUGAACAGCAUGGUCAAUGGUGAGCUGUUCGAGACUCCACUCCAGCACAGCGCUGUCGCUCGCGCGGCAGGUGCUCCUGUCUUCCGACGCGCGCGCAGUGCUACCAUGAUGGAGAUUGGUCCCUACCCACAGAAGUCCCACUCUUGCCCCAUUCCUACAUGUGGCAGACUCUUCAAGAGAUUAGAACAUCUCAAGAGGCACGUGCGUACUCAUACACAAGAACGACCAUACGUCUGCCCGUUGUGUAACAAGGCGUUCUCGCGCUCGGACAACCUUGCCCAACAUCGUCGCACACACGAGCCCCGUCCUGACGGUGAGCCUAUCGAGGACUUCAACGAGGAAGACCUUGAGGGCGAAGACGACCUUAACCUCGAGGAAGACUCGCCCACAUCGGGCAACGAGAACCUCUACGGUGCACACAAUGUGCCUGCUACUUACGUCGACAUUCCGGGCCCAGGCCUCGGCAUGGGCGCCACCAUGGCCACACCUCAGCAGCUGAUGGCCAGCCACUACUAGGCGGUCGCCAACGACUGUCUUUAUUGAUGUCUUAUCACGAUACAAGCGUUUGGCGCCGGGCGAACCUAGAUAGAGUGGCUGCGCUUCUUUCUUCUUUCUUAUUGAUUCCCUAGAUUAGGUUUCUUCUUCUGAGCAUCUUACGAUGUCUGCAUCGCGUCGCAUGCAUUUUUCCCGGUAUGGGACGUCACGAACACGAGUACCCUUUUUCUUAUUGCUUCGCCUAUAUGCGGCCAUCUUUUCUUACCCGGUUGCAUAUCCUGUUGGCAUACAAGCGAUUUUCUGCAAAAGUUGUUGGAUGGUAUUGGCGCUGACCGCCGCUACGCGCACCUUGUUGGUUGCUGCGUUUUUCUUGUGGAUAGGAUACCAUAGCGGAGGUCGCCACUUGAGGCGAGUGUAUAAUAAUGCAACAAUGCAGAGACUACCCCUAAC